GUUUCAUAACUUGCAUAGUUGCACAACAUAACUCAAGGAUUUAUUAAAAUUGUGCCUCAUUCAUCAUGGUGGACAACGUUCCCCAUGUCCAAGUGUAACCACACUUGUGACGUAAUCUGCCGGUGAUUAUUUAAGUGUAACUUUUGGGGAGCAUAAGAUAGUGGCAUCGUCAUCGACAUUUUACAGAGAUUCGGAAAUAUUUAUCUGAAGGAAUAAGGCUGUUAACCAUGGCUCUCAGAGGUGCCUUCACCCGCCUGCUUUCUAACACCCAUAAAUGUGCUUCCAUCACCGCGUCCAGAGCACAGGGCACAACCGCAGCGGUUCAGAAAGAUGAUCUAGAAGCCAGCAAGAAGCCAGCGAAAGCACCAAAAGUGGUGUUCAACUGGCGCGAUGCCCUGGAACUGGACAGCCUGCUGACAGAGGAGGAGAUCAUGAUCCGUGACUCCUUCCGUACCUACUGCCAGGAGAAGCUCAUGCCCCGUGUUCUGAUGGCCAACAGACACGAGUACUUUCACCGGGAGAUUGUCAACGAGAUGGGAGAGCUGGGGGUCCUCGGCCCGACUAUCCAAGGCUAUGGGUGUGCUGGUACCAGCUAUGUGGCAUACGGGCUGAUCGCCAGGGAGGUGGAGAGGGUGGACAGCGGCUACCGGUCGGUGAUGAGCGUCCAGUCCUCCCUGGUCAUGCACCCCAUCAACGCCUACGGGACAGAAGCCCAGAAAGAGAAGUACCUGCCCAGGCUUGCUAGUGGAGAGAUCCUGGGCUGCUUCGGCCUCACGGAGCCUAACCAUGGCAGCGACCCCUCCGGCAUGGAGACCAAGGCCAAGUACAACCCCUCCAGCGGCACCUUCUCCAUCAGUGGAGCUAAGACAUGGAUCACCAACUCCCCUGUGGCGGACAUCGCCGUGGUCUGGGCCAAGUGCGAGGAUGGCCGUGUGCGUGGGUUCAUCCUGGAGCGCGGCAUGAAGGGGCUGGCCAUGCCCAAGAUCGAGGGCAAGUUCUCCCUGAGGGCGUCGGCCACCGGUAUGAUCCUGAUGGACGAGGUGGAGGUUCCCCAGGAGAACUUGCUGCCCAACGUCUCCGGACUGGCCGGUCCAUUUGGCUGUCUGAACAAUGCCCGCUAUGGUAUCGCCUGGGGAGCCCUUGGUGCUGCAGAGUUCUGCUUCCACGCUGCCCGCCAGUACACACUGGACAGAAUCCAGUUUGGCGUGCCGCUGGCCAGGAACCAGCUCAUGCAGAAGAAGAUGGCCGACAUGUUGACGGAGAUCACCCUCGGGCUGCAUUCCUGUCUGGCCCUGGGCAGACUCAUUGAUGAGAAGAAAGCGGCCCCAGAGAUGAUCUCCAUGCUGAAGAGGAACAGCUGUGGCAAGGCCCUGGACAUUGCCCGGCAGGCCAGAGACAUGCUGGGGGGCAACGGGAUCGCUGACGAGUAUCACAUCAUUCGCCACGUCAUGAACCUGGAGGCCGUCAACACGUAUGAGGGAACUCACGACAUCCACGCCUUGAUUCUGGGCAGAGCAAUCACUGGACUCCAGUCUUUCACAGUGGAGAAGUAAAAUGAUAUAUGUAUAAAAGCAGACUAGAAGUGGACUGGACAGCCAUUACGUUAUCCCCCCCCCCCCCCC